GAUGGCAUAAACACUACCCUAGCAAUGGACCCAUCUGUGACACUGUGGCAGUUUCUACUGCAGCUACUGAGAGAGCAAGGUAAUGGCCAUAUCAUUUCCUGGACCUCACGGGAUGGUGGUGAGUUCAAGCUGGUGGAUGCAGAGGAGGUGGCCCGACUGUGGGGACUGCGCAAGAACAAGACUAACAUGAAUUAUGACAAGCUUAGCCGGGCCUUGCGCUACUACUAUGACAAGAACAUCAUCCGCAAGGUGAGCGGCCAGAAGUUCGUCUACAAGUUUGUGUCCUACCCUGAGGUCGCAGGGUGCACCACUGAGGAUUGCCCACCCCAGCCUGAGGUGUCUGUUGCCUCCAUAGCAAAUGUGGCUUCUGUUCCUGUACACGUUGCCCCUGGGGACUCUGCCUCAGGGAAGCCAGGAACACCCAAAGGCACAGGAAUGGCAGGCCCAGGCGGCUUGGCACGCAGCAGCCGGAACGAGUACAUGCGCUCAGGCCUUUAUUCCACCUUCACCAUCCAGUCCCUGCAGCCACAGCCCCUGCCUCAUCUACCCCCUCAUCCUCGGCCUGCCUCAGUGCUCCCCAGCACCACCUUUGCAGGAGCAGCAGCACCUCCUUCAGGGAACAGUAGCACCAGUCCAAGCCUCUUGGAGGCUUGCCUGGAGGCAGAGGAGGCUGGCCUGCCUCUGCAGGUUAUCCUGACCCCUCCCGAGGCCUCGAACCUGAAAUCGGAAGAGAUGACUAAGGAACCAGGGCUGGGCUGGCCACUGCCCCCAGAAGUGAAGGUGGAUGGGCCCAAAGAAGAGUUGGAGGCCGAAAACAGUAGGGAGGCGGGGUCUGUAUCGGAAACCAUUAAGGUUGGGGCAGAAGUCCUUCCCACGGUCGUUAUGGAGACUGCCAAACAAGACUCCGACCGAGCAUCUGCCACAGCUUCCAACACUGAGAGCGCUCAGCCGCUAAAGGGCCGGAAGCCCCGGGACUUGGAGCUGCCACUUGGCCCAGGCCUGCUGGGUGGGCUAGGACCAGAACGUACUCCGGGAUCUGGAAUUGGCUCUGGCCUGCAGGCUCCAGGGCCGGCACUGACACCGUCCCUGCUACCGACGCACACAUUGACUCCGGUGCUACUGACGCCCAGCUCACUGCCCUCAAGCAUUCACUUUUGGAGCACCCUGAGUCCUAUUGCACCCCGUAGUCCGGCCAAGCUCUCCUUCCAGUUUCCAGCCAGUGGCAGCACCCAGGUGCACAUUCCUUCCAUCAGCAUGGAUGGCCUUUCGACCCCUGUGGUGCUGUCCCCAGGGCCCCAGAAGCCAUGA